AUGAGGCACUUGUAUGUAUCUGUAGUUCUGCUGCAGCUUGUUGGGACUUGUUUAUGCCAAUUCCCUCGCCCAUGUGCCAACUCAGUGGGACUACGGACCAAAGAGUGUUGUCCGGUGUGGGAUGGUGACGGUUCAGUCUGCGGUGCCAUGUCAGGCCGUGGUUUCUGCACUGAGGUGGAGGUCUCCGAAGAGCCCCAUGGGCCCCAGUACCCACACAGGGGGAUUGAUGACAGAGAACGCUGGCCUUUAGCUUUCUUCAACCGGACGUGUCGUUGUGCUGGAAACUAUGGAGGUUUUAACUGUGGUGAAUGCAGGUUUGGUUACUGGGGUUCAAACUGUGCUGAGUACAGGGAGUCAGUGCGCAGGAACAUCCUGACCAUGUCACCUACUGAGCAACAGAAGUUUAUUUCUUACCUCAACCUGGCAAAGAACACCAUCAACCGUGACUAUGUGAUCUCCACAGCAACAAGAGCAGAGAUGGGUGAAAAUGGUGAGAACCCCAUGUUCUCUGACAUCAACUCCUAUGACCUGUUUGUCUGGAUGCACUACUAUGUGUCCCGGGACGCCUUCUUGGGAGGGCCAGGGAACGUAUGGAGAGACAUCGACUUCGCCCAUGAAUCUGCAGCAUUUCUGCCGUGGCACCGAGUCUACCUGCUUCACUGGGAGAAUGAGAUAAGGAAGCUGACGGGAGAUUUUAACUUCACCAUCCCAUACUGGGAUUGGAGGGAUUCCCCGAGCUGUGAGGUGUGCACCGAUGCUCUGAUGGGCGGACGCAGCCCCCUCAAUCCUAACCUCAUCAGCCCCGCUUCAGUCUUCUCCUCAUGGAAGGUGAUCUGCACCCAACCAGAGGAGUACAACAGCCGAGAGGCAUUGUGUAACACCACCGGGGAGGGUCCACUGAUGCGCAACCCUGGCAACCACGAUACCAACCGCGUGCCGAGACUCCCCACAACAGCUGAUGUGGACUUCACUGUCGGCCUCCCCGAGUACGAGUCGGGAUCCAUGGACCGAUUCUCCAAUAUGAGCUUUAGAAACGUCAUAGAGGGUUUUGCCAGUUCAAUGUCAGGUAUGGCAGUGCCAGGCCAGAGCACCAUGCACAACGCCUUGCAUGUCUUCAUGAACGGCACCAUGUCCUCAGUGCAGGGUUCAGCCAACGACCCCAUAUUCCUGCUGCACCAUGCUUUCAUUGACAGCAUCUUUGAGCGCUGGCUCAGAGCCCACCAGCCUCUGCGGACCACCUACCCUCGUUCCAAUGCCCCCAUCGGCCACAAUGAUGGUUACUACAUGGUGCCCUUCCUGCCUCUCUACAGAAACGGAGACUACUUCCUGUCCGACAAGGCUCUAGGAUUUGAGUAUGCCUACCUGUUGGACCCUGGCCAGAGGUUUGUUCAGGAGUACCUAACGCCCUACCUCCAGCAGGCCCAGCAGAUCUGGCAGUGGCUCCUGGGAGCCGGGAUCCUCGGGGCGCUGAUCGCUGCAAUCGUCGCUGCACUGCUUAUUGUUGCGAGGAGGAAGUGGAAGCGCAACGCGAAGAAGAAGAGGGCGCCAAGUUACGGAGAGAGACAGCCAUUACUGCAAAGCAGCUCAGAGGAAGGUUCAUCUUCAUAUCAGACUACUCUGUAA